AUAGCACUGCAGAAAAGAGUAAAAAUAACCCGACAACUGAUCAAUAUUUGAUGUGAUUUUCACUCGAAAGAAAAGCAAAAUUUUCGUACUUCAGUUAGUAUCGAUCGCGGCAUUUCUUUUUUCGCAACAAACGACAUUUCCUUUCUUCUUCAUUGUUAUUAAUUAAACUUUGUCUCCGUCAAAAACGUUUUUUCUUCUGUCCAAAUUUUUUAAUUGGAAAAAAGUGACGAAAAAAACUUUUGAGCUUAAUCAUGCAUCGUUUUUAGUGGAGUUUUAGUCGUCGUUCGUUACUUGUUAAACUAUUUUACUAUUCAGUGUUUUAAUUAUUAAGUAAAAAAAAGGGUAAAAAUUGUGUGUCUGUGUGAAUCGUGCGAACAUGUCGAACAAAAGUGCACUUAACAAGCUUUCGGAGGAGAGUCUUACGAGACAGCCGGAAGAAGUGUUUGAUAUUAUGUGUAAACUUGGCGAGGGCAGUUACGGGUCCGUGUAUAAGGCGGUGCACAAGGAAAGCGGUGCUGUGUUGGCGAUUAAGCAGGUGCCCGUCGACACGGACUUGCAGGAAAUCAUCAAGGAGAUCUCAAUAAUGCAACAAUGCGACUCGCCAUAUGUCGUCAAGUACUACGGCAGUUAUUUUAAGAAUACCGACUUAUGGAUUGUGAUGGAAUACUGUGGCGCCGGCAGUGUUUCCGACAUCAUGCGACUCAGGAAGAAAACGUUAACGGAAGACGAAAUCGCGACAAUUCUAAGUGAUACAUUAAAGGGUUUAGAUUAUUUACAUAUAAGGAGAAAAAUUCACAGAGACAUAAAGGCUGGAAAUAUUUUACUUAAUUCGGAGGGACAUGCCAAACUGGCGGAUUUCGGUGUCGCUGGGCAACUCACUGACACAAUGUCACGUCGAAAUACGGUAAUUGGGACUCCUUUCUGGAUGGCACCCGAAGUUAUCGAGGAAAUUGGAUACGACUGCGUUGCCGAUAUUUGGUCUCUGGGCAUCACGGCACUCGAAAUGGCCGAGGGAAAGCCUCCGUAUGGCGACAUUCAUCCGAUGCGGGCGAUUUUUAUGAUACCAACGAAGCCACCUCCGUCGUUUCGGGAGCCGGAUCGAUGGAGCCCCGAGUUUAUUGACUUUGUGAGCUUGUGUUUGGUGAAAAAUCCCGAGGAAAGAGCUACUGCUAACAGUUUGCUGCAACAUCCGUUCAUAACAUGCGCCAAACCGAACAACAUUCUGCUAUCACUCAUCGCAGAAGCAAAGGAAAUCAGGGAGAAUCAAAAUUACACGAAAAGCGAAUUCAGGAAAUCUCACAAUAUGUUCAAUAAUGACCUCGCUCUUCUUGGACAAGAUUUAGCGAAUUCCGGCACGCUUAAGAACAACGUAGAAGACGAUGGCAGCAAAACUUUGGUGCCUGAUCGAAAUAACGGUGAAAAUGACACGAUGAUAAUGCAUGGAUCGGACUUUGGAACAGAAAAUCUCGACGCCGCAUCGAUGAUUGAAAUCGAAUCCAAUCUCGGAACGAUGGUCAUUAACAGCGACGAGUCUACCAUGAAACGUCACGAUACGAAUCCAGGCAUCCCGAAAUAUCGUCCGUUGUUUCUCGAGCACUUUGAUAAAAAGGAGACAGAAACGCAAAAUCAGUUCAUCAAGAACCAAGAUCUAAAUAAAAACUUGAAUGAUUGUGAAAAAUUGCUUGAAGUACCUGCGAAAGUCCAACAACCAGCUGUUCAACAGGAAAAUGUGCCAGAAGACGUCGAUGACGUUACAUUGGUAGGCGCCGUGCAUCAAGCGAAUAACCAUCAUCCGCAGACGGAAGAACAAGUGCCACUCAAUUUUGUGCCCCCGAAUAAUGGACCGGCGCCGCCGCCGCAAGCUGUGCGACAAUCAGAUAACAAUAUUCAGUGUGUCAAUUUGUUUCAAGGACCGGAGUGUGAAUUUUUAAAAUUCCUCAGCUACGAAGAACUCGAGCAGCGCCUCUCAAACUUGGACAAAGAGAUGGAAAAAGAGCUCAAUGAGACCCGCAAACGAUACAUCAUCAAAAAGAAGCCCAUCAUUGAUGCCAUUGAAACGAAGCAACAUCGAAGACAAACAAAAAUGGAAGAAUUCUAAUUUAAUUAUCUCAGCAUUUUUGCAGUUAAUUUAUUAAAUACAAACAAAAAAAAAAUGAAAUAUAAAAAUAUUCGAUCCCUUAAAUACUACUUUUUACAUCAAGUUAUAAAAAUUUAGCAAAAAUAUAUAUCAUUAUAUUGACUAUCAAACUCAUUAAUUAAUUAUUAUUGUAUCAGAACAAAAAAAAAACAUGAAAUUAGGAAUGUGUUCAAUAUUUAGACGUAUACGUACACAGUACAGUUCGAAAAAAAAAGUUGUAAAAAUAUCACCU